CACUUUUCUCCCCCACCUUCGGAGACGCGACGUUCAAUUUAAACGGCCCCCUACCUGGUAGCCCGCGCUCGCCACACUCCAUUGGAUCCCAAUCUGCCCGCUGGAGACUUUUCUGUCACCAGAGAGAGAUUCGCCCUCGGUUCCUCUACGGAAAAUCAAUCUGGUAGUUCCCACUGACGCAACUGGAACGAGGAUCUGAGCCAGAUACGGCCAAGCGACCAAACACCUACACCACACUGCACUGCUGCUGCCACUUGCACCCUCACCUGCUGCUGUGGCCACGCCCAACAUAAACCCCUGACGCCCAAAAGUCGCGUCGUGUCAGAGCUCCCGGGGACAGGCAUAGGCACACACACACACCCGACUUACCAUUCUUUCUCCUGAACCCACGGCAACGGCCUUUCCUUUCGCCUUACCGUUACCGAAUUAGCCUUUUGCCUUGCGUGUGUUUACCGGCCAGGGUAGGUCGUAGUCCAGAAGUAAACUUCUCUAUUCCGCUUCGUCCAACCUGACCUGGCAAUCAACACUUCUUGGACUUUCGCCAUUACCAAGUAGUUCGUCGUGCGUCCCUCGAACCACCAGCACACGUUCUUUCGUCCAAAUCCCAUUGCCUGUCCUGUCGACUUCUGGACGCUGCUGUGCACCCAGUCUUGCUUGGCGCCUUUACACGCAAUCCCUUCUGCUCUGUACAUACCUUUCUGCGACAUCGGGUUGUCCCGGCCCCCUCACGUUGCUUAGCGUAGAGCUUCAGUUCGCCGUCGACACUCGGCUGAGACGAAACAUCAUCAUACCCCUUUCGGUCGUUACAGUAGCGUUUGACAGCUCUAUUCGCAACACAGGGCCGACCGAAUUUCUAUACUCUUCGCUGAUCUUGAGCUUACCUGAUCACUCGAUCCUCCUACCAAUCCAAAGCUAUGGCUACUGCUAACGAGGAACCGCCAUCUUUCCGAACCGACUCGCCCCCGCCAGAAAUAUCCCCAACCCCAGCUAUCGGCGCUUGCCCCGAGCUGUCCCGCUGCGUGUCAACGGCUUCCUCUGUUUCCCAUGGGUCUGCCCCCGACGCUGCCUCCCGCGAGUCUCUGGGAAGCGUCCGAAGCAGCACAUACUCUCGACAGUCCUCCGGAACUUACAGCCGUCGCUCGGACGUCAGUUUGGCGUCUUCCCAACAGUCGUCAUGCAGCGGCAGCAGGCAGGGCGGCGGCCGCUCUUCCAGCCGACGCCGGGGCUUUGUCCGCCCGCAGGGCACCGACUUUGCUGCCAGCGCCCGGCACAGGGAGAGCGUUCUGAGCCUGGGGAGCAUAGCCCAUCUGCAGUACUACUUCGCGCGCACUGGUCUCCUCGACGGCAAAGGCGCCCAGCUGGCGAGGAAGAACAAAGCCAAGGGAGGUCUGGACCUUUCGUCCGUCAGUAGCUCGAGCUCUUCAUCCCCAAGGAUCGUCGACUCGGAGGGGAGCAGCCCGGAACUGGGUUCUCAUCCCUUCGACGCCGGGCCGAUUGCGGAGUCGCCCACGGAGGAACACGACUACUACUCAGACGAUUUCGACGAGCCCGACCCGGAUGUUCUGCCGCCCACCGCCAGCACCUACAUCCACAGGAACAAGCCGGUCCCCAAGCCCCCGACGAUUCAGGAGCUGAAGGCGGACCUGACAGGCACGCUCGAGAAAGCGGCCGCGGCAACGAGGCACACCAGAGCCAACAGGGAGCCACUGCCCGAGAUCCCUCCAAGAAAGCAGGACAAACAGAGCACGCCUAAGAAGGGCCAGGGCCAGGGCUGGCAUGAGGUUCAGGGUAUGCACAUUCUCGAUGUCAUGACGCUUGCUAUUCGUGCCGCGAGGAAUUACUACACGGCCCAUGAGGUUCCGGAGCGGCUGGACGCUAUCAAGUCCGAGAAGGAGAUCCGCGCAGAGUUGCUUUCUGUUAUGGAAACCUUGAAGCAGAUGGCGACCCGCAACUGGGCUGGCGGAAUGAAGGACGAGGAGCUGCGCAUUCUUGAGUCUUGGAUUCAGGGGCUCUUCGACAUGCUCAAGAAGGAGGAGGAGCUGAUGAAGGCCGAGGAGGCGCAGCGCAGUACCUGGACCUGGCUUUCGGGCGACUGGACCGGCAAGGAAGUGGAGAGGGAAUUGGCCUUCAUGGCAUCGCUCGAUCCGUCCGCCGGCCCUCUGCCGGAAUACACCUCCGUGGUCGACGCGACUGAGCCCCCUACCCCUUUCCUCCAGGCUCUACAAAACGGCAUCCGACUAGUCGAGUUGCACAACGCGGCGGUCAAGAGGUCAAAGCGGCGGUUCGGCCUGAUCACUACGUUCCAUACCGACACGGAAAAGCCGUACCGAUGUGCCGACAACAUCCGUUAUUGGGCCAAGGCAGCAGAGCUGCGCUGGGAAGUCCUUCUGAAGGUGGAUGCUCUCGGCAUCGUCUACAACAACUCUCCCGACGUCUGGGUCAACUUCGAGAAGGCCAUCUUGGCCUGGAGCUGCAAGGUCCGUGAAGAGAUCACCUCCGAACUCUUGGGCUGAGUUAUGAGUCACCACCUCCGGCUUGUCGUCGUUACGAUUAAUGCACCCACUCAAUACCCGUCCGUCUUUUAUGGAGUUUUUACAGUGGGAUUUGGAAUUUCAUUUGUUGCAAUUAUUUGCCCCUGGGAGAACUACAAUUUCCGCAAUGCCCAUGCAUAUACACCUACACCUUUGCGCAUCUUGUCGCAUCAGUAUCUAGUUUCUAAGACAGGAUAGAUCCGAGUAUGAGAUCUUGGCCCCUCAUUGUCAAACCCAAGAUAGAGUCUUCAGGCGUCAAGACUGUCAUUGUUGUUUCUACCAUUCAUAGUACAUACUUGGAGGUCAUCCCUCCUAAUCGAUAUUGGCGUACGAAGAGCCCAUUCUGGUUUUUGACACUCACUCAAACAGCGCGCUACUUUCUUUUCUGCGAUUUCCUAGAAAGCCGAGGAUGGCAUUGCAUAGCGUGUUUCUCGUUGUGUGCAAUUUGUCUGAAGGUGCGUUGAUC